UGCAGAGUAAUCCAUAACUUGCGAAGACUGUCAUCACACUCUAGGUAGUCAGCAGCUUGGUUACACCUAGAAUUGCCAAUCUCGCCGGGCCGAAACCUUUCCUGGCGAUCUCCUAGCUCUCUUCAGUGACCGGAAAGACUUCCUUCAAGCUACUUCUGUUGCUGUAGUUUUCGAUACAUGAAGUUGAGCGUGUAGGAGACUCUUCUUUGUUUGGUUUCUCAGAAAAAGCGGGAGAAAAGUUAUUAAACUUGGCGCCUAACUCAACCAAAAACUAGCUUGGCACAUUACCCCUAUCCCAUCCCCGAUAUUGGAUUCAACACACCCCUAGCGCGCCCAGGUACUACACUGAGCCUAACAUAUUUAUAGGUGGCCGACAUCGAAAGCUAGCUCAAGGGGGAAAGCUAGCUCAAGGGAGGAGUGUCUAAGCCUCUUCCCUAUCCCAAACCGGUGGGAUUCAGCAGAAGUGACAUUUGAUGUCUUUAACUGUUUAAAAUUUCUCCUUAACUUCUAAAUGUGCAGAGUGAACGCCUUUACCAGACACGGCUUCUAUUCCUAUUUUUAAUUGCCGAUUCAUCCGUUUACUUUCGUUAUAUAUAUAUAUAUAAUAAGAAAGUUAUUCUCAAAUGAUAACUAGUGCUAAUUUCUUUUACCGGUUAUUAUUUUAUCAAAUUGAAACUAAACCAAAGCUUCAAUGAAAGAUAAUAUUCAAAGACCUUACGAAUUGCAAUUUCAGUGCAGUAAGGCGAUUGAUAGGCCAUUCCAGCAAUCAAAUUUUCUAUUAAUCUGUUACCAAUGGUAUCACAAAAUCUUAGAGAAUUUCAUGUCUGUAUUUUAUCCGGUAAUUGUAUUGGUAUUCAAAUUUUAGAAAAUCCGUGGAUUUCAAAAAAAUUUUAGAAAAUCCGUGCUGCUUAAUUUAGUAAUAAGAUUGUGAUAUAAGUCUUGUGUUAUAUUCUAAAAACUAUGAAAUUACUGCUUUAUCAUACUGUGGGAUGGCUGAAUGGAGAUUUUUAAUUCUGAAGUAAUCUAGAAAUUGAUACGUUGUAGUGUAGGCAGCUUAAAUGAAAAGAAGAGUUAGUGAUGCGGCUACAAUUUAGCUUCCUGUUGCUUUGUAACCGUUAAGUCGCUAUCAGAGAUGGAGAUGGAACAAGAGUUAGAGUGGCUUGAAGCACAAAAGAUAGCGAUAAGUGUGGACCUUUUGGCCGCAGCCAAGCAGCAGCUUCAGUUCCUUGCAGCUGUUGAUAAGAAUCGUUGGCUUUAUGAAGGACCUACUCUUGAAUGUGCCAUCUACAGAUACAAUGUUUGUUGGCUUCCAUUGCUUGCCAAACACUCAGAGUCACCAGUUUUUGAAGGGCCACUGGUUGUACCUCUUGAUUGUGAAUGGGUUUGGCAUUGUCACAGGCUCAAUCCAGUAAGAUACAAAAAUGACUGUGAGGAGCUUUUUGGAAGGAUCCUAGACUAUUCUAAUGUUGCAUCUUCUGUUGAAGGGGGAAUUUGCAUCAGGCAAUCUCAAGAAAUUUGGAAUAAGUUGUACCCAGAUGAACCUUAUGACUUUGACUUGACAAGAGCUUUGUCCACAGGCCCCAAUUGGAAGUUUUUCCCAGUAGAGAAAUACACCAAAUAUGAUUUGGUUUCAGCAGUGAAAAGACAGAGUCCUUUCUAUUAUCAGGUAUGCAGACCCCAUAUCAACAACAAUGUUUUUCUUGAAGAAGCUGCAGCCAGAUAUAAAGGGUUUCUGUAUCUAAUUAAGAGAAAUAUGGAACGGUCGAUAAAACGCUUUUGUGUUCCAACUUAUGACAUUGAUCUUAUUUGGCACACUCACCAGUUGCAUCCAAUUUCUUAUUGUAAAGAUUUGAGUAGAGCAGUUGGCAAGAUAUUGGAGCAUGAUGACAUGGAUUCAGACAGGACUAAAGGAAAGAAGUUGGACACUGGAUUUUCUGGAACUACUAAGCAGUGGGAAGAGACAUUUGGCACAAGGUAUUGGAAGGCAGGUGCAAUGUAUAGAGGCGGGAUGCCAUCUCCUGUCACAAAGAUUCCACUCCUGCCAAAUCUCUUGAGAAAAGAUAUGUUAGCAUCAAAUGAAUGUCAAAAGAUGAUUCAACUUCCAGAGGUGAAGAUUGUUGAGGUCCUUUUGGAGUUUGUGGGUGUUAAAAACUUACCAGAGGGACACAAGGGAUGCCACUUUGUCAGAUUCAGUAAAGAGCAGCCAGAUGUAUUCUUCAAUGAUAAGCAAAAACUAACUAUUCUGUCAGAAUCUAAAGAAAAACAGGUUGUUUCUUUACAGUGUGAACCUAAGGGAAAGCUGAUCUUUGAACUUAUUUCACAUUCACCUUCUGAUUUUCUCGUAAAGGAGGCAUUUAAGACAAUAGGUACUGCUUCAUUAUCUUUACAAGACUUUCUGAACCCAGUUUCUAAGCUUGCUGUCGAAAAAUGGGUAGAAUUGCAGCCAAGUUCUGGCAAUUUGAGUUCAAAGCCAAUCUGCCUGCGAAUUGCUGUCUCAUGUACUGUUCCCAUCCAAGCACCAUAUUUGCUGCGCAUGGUUCCCUCACAGUCACUACCUUUAAGGGUUCAGCAUGCUAAAAUCUGGACUCACAUCACUGAUGAAAAUGAUAGUGAGAUCAUCAGCCUGCAAAUGAGGGACUCAACAAAUGCAAAGACAACAGACAAGAGCAUACUCAAGAAGCAAGUAGUAGGUGCUAUGAAAUCUGGUGAGACACGUGAUCUCGCAGAGUUUAUGAGGACCCAUUGGUCUUUAAUUGAUUCUCAGUGGUGCCUUAGUUUUAAAAGAAAAUCUGAUGAAGAUGGUCAUUUCUGUGAGCUCAUUGGCAGUAGGAUGGUAAAAAUCUUUCAUGGCAGAAAACUGGAUUUUGAGCGCAAACACUGUGAGAAGCAAAGAAAUGAACGAGAUUUUUUUACUGCAGUUGAAUUUUCUGCAGAGUAUCCUUAUGGCAAAGCAGUAGCAUUGUUCGACUUGAAGUCUGCCGCUGUCAAGGUGAAAGAAGAGUGGUUGGUGUUGCCUGCAAUCAUUUCAGCUUUUAUACUUGCUGAUAUUUUUAACAAUAAAGGGUAUGGAGGCUUCAUGGUUAAUGGUGAAAAUUUGGAGGAGUUGGAUGGUAAUGUGGAAAAGGUUAAUGGGUUCCAUGUGGAAGCCAAACAAAUCAAGCAGUCUACUUCUAUAGAACGUAAACUGGUGUUGGAUGUGGAGGCAUCAAAGUGUGGAGGCUGUGGUGGCGGCUGUGGUGGUGGAUGCGGGAACAUGGUAAAAAGUGGAGGCUGUGGUGGCGGCUGUGGUGGUGGAUGCGGGAACAUGGUAAAAGGUGGAGGCUGUGGAGGCGGCUGUGGUGGUGGAUGUGGGAACAUGAUAAAGAGUGGAGGCUGUGGAGGUGGUUGUGGAGGCUGCGGUGGUGGUGGUUGUGGUGGAUGUGGAAGCAUGGUGAAGAGUGGCGGCUGUGGUGGAUGUGGAAGCAUGGUAAAGAGUGGCGGCUGUGGUGGAUGUGGAAGCAUGGUGAAGAGUGGUGGCUGUGGUGGAUGUGGAAGCAUGGUGAAGAGUGGUGGCUGUGGUGGAUGUGGAAACAUGAUCAAGGGCGAUGGUGAUGGGUUUGGAGUUGGAGAUAUGGUGGAGAAUAGAACAUCACAUGAAACCAAUGUUGGUCACUCCCACAUUGAUUCUUCACCCAGAGAAUCACCCACCUAUAUAAGUGAAGCAAUAGCCGCAUGAUCUCUAUGAAUCAUAAUGCCUGCAAGGAAUAAAGCAUGCUUUAAUGAGGUUCACUGGAAGAUGAACAAGGUUCUCAUGGUGUCUCUGCUUGGAUGUUAAACUUGGCAUUGGCAUAUUUCUUCUUUCUAUAUUCGAAUGGAUUUGUCAUCAAGGUGUGAUAUGUACAUAACGAAAUGUCUUAUUUAGAUGUUUGGUUUUAUGGUUUAUGGGUUUCGAUAUGUAAUUAGUUAUUUUCAUUUGGUUGCCGAAAGGAUGAAAGAAAAAUGAUAUCCUAUUGCCUUA